GUCUGUCACCCAGUGAAGGCAUUUUGGCUCUCACUCAGAGCAGAGGCACGGACACACACACACACACACACCCAUACUCGCGACAGACAUACAAGCACCCAGUCUACACCAGAGCUAGACGAGUGUGUGUGUGUCUACUCAGAGCUGCAGCAGUCGUAGCAGCAGUAGUAGCAGCAACAGUAGCAGCAGAAGUAGUCAAAGUCGCAGCAGUUAUAGUAGCAGCAAUAGCAGCAUCAGCCGCGUGCGAAGAUGCCGAUGAUCUUGGACUGCAAUGGGGACCUGCAGCAGGCCCAGGACCAUGACGAAUGGGUGAAGAAGAUGGCAGGGGGCUGCCGCUCCAGCAUGUCCUUCCACUUCCACAACACCCUCCGCAAGGAGUUCUUCGCCACCUACCAGUACCUGCAGGACCAGCUGCCCCUGGUGAAACUGUUUGCGGUGACUUGCGAGUACAUCAAGGGAGAGAAGCAGUUCUACUACCGUGCCCAGCAGUUCUACCGGGACGUGCCCGCCUCAGAGGAGGGCAUGAUGGGGGACUAUGUGGAGCUGUCAGAGGUGGACCUGGAGGGAUCACGCCAGUUCCUCAAGCAGUUUGUUGGGGGCCCGGGCAAGGCGGGCAAGAAGCGCGCCCUGGACUGCGGCUGUGGCAUCGGGCGGGUGUCCAAAGGCGUCCUCUUCCCCAUGUUCGAGACCAUGGAGCUGGCCGACAUGAUGGAGGACUACCUGCUGCACGCACACGAGGAGUACCUGGGUGACGACGCAGACCGCGUGGAGUCCUACUACUGCUACAACCUCAAGGACUGGAACCCACCGAUGCGCAGAUACGACGUCAUAUGGCUACAGUGGGUCGCCUGCCACCUGACGGACAAGGACCUGAUGGAGUUCCUGAUGCGCGCCAAGAACGCGUUGCGGGGCAACGGCGUCAUCGUCAUCAAGGACAACAUGGCGCGGCAGGGCUGCAAGCUGGACCCGGCCGACAGCAGCAUCAUCCGCCACCUGGACAUCAUGAAGGGCAUCAUCCAGAAGGCCGGCCUGGAGGUGCUGGACGUCAAGAAGCAGGAGGGCUUCCCAGAGAUCAUGGUGCCCAUAUGGAUGAUCGCCAUGCGGUGAAGAGCAUUCACCAACAGAGACCAUUUUUGUUUUUGUCCAUUUUGUAUUUCAUUCAUUGAAUCUAAGGGAUGAUCUGUAAUUGGGAUAAUAUGGAGGGGGGUUAAGUCAAUGAGCUGGAGGGGGAAAGCCAAAGCCAAAAAUGUUGUUUUCUAAAGGAUGAUUGGAGUGGAGAUGUAGGAGAAUCAGAUGUAAAAUCUGAUGCAAAUUUUCAGGUUUUAUUUUUUUAUUAUUUCUGGCUUUAUGUUUCUAUCAUAAUUAGCUGGUAUGGCUUUUUUGGUAAAAGAUCUCACCGUUCAGAAGGCGGGACUGGCUGUCAAGAAACAGGAAGUGAUCAUGGAUGAUCACCGUGUGGUGAAGAUCUUUAACCUUUGUAGAGACCAUUUCCGUGUUUGUUCUUUUUUGUUUUUCAUUUAUUGAAUCUAUAUAAGGGGUGAUCAGCAUGGGAUGAGCUAUCAGAAUCAGAAUUCAUCUGUUCGCUUGUUUCUUGUUUCUUUUGGUAAAACAAAUAAUUGUUAUGAAGGCUGGACUGCCUGUUCUUGAUGUUCAGAUUCAGGAGGGCUUCCUCAAGAAUAUGGUGCCCCAUAUGGGUGAUUGUCAUGUGAGAUAGGGCCAAGGAGGUUCUGAGCUGCUUGGUGGAAAUCUUCACUCUCCAAUGCUCUAGCCCUAGUUCAUUACAGAAUCUUAUGUUAUUUCAGGGAGGGUAUUGCAUUCUUUGCAACUUGGGGCCUUAUUAUUUCAUGAAUGCCACCCAUCCAUAAAAAACACUAACGUGUCAGCAUUGUGCCCAUGAAACAUGAGUUAUUUCUUAUUUUGUAUUUCUGUCUUUUUUGGAUGAGAAGGAGAUAGGGCACACUUUCCAUCUUGUGCAUGACAUGCGAAUACAUUCAUUACAGUGGGUUCCCAGACUGGGGGUCAGGACCCCUAGGGGGGUCACUGAUCUAAAGGCCAGCACUGUAAACAUUGAGUCAUAGCUGCCCCAGUCUGUCCAGUUGGGAAUCAACAUUCAUUGCGAAUCAAUUUUGCCAACCGUUUCUGUAAAUUUAAUAAUCUGGUAAAAAUUAGAGGUUAUAACGAAAGUAUGCCCCAAAAAGGUCAGGUGGUGUCACAGACCAUUCCUCUUUUUCAUCCUUGCUCUCAAAUGUUUUGGUCACAUGUGCCAGUUUCAUACCCCUGUAGAAAACAUGAGGUGGUGUCUAUCACCCACUAAAGUUGCUUUGUAGGGAGUUAGUUAGUCAGCUAGUGGUGUAGGGGGUUGCAUUAGUUUUGGGUUUGGUGUUCCCAUUUACGUUUUGGAGCAGUGUGUAGAAUAAAGUCGUGUGAUGGUCAGCAAAUCAAAUAAAUAAUCGGGUCCAGUAAUGUUAAGGCUGCUUAAGUUUUCUUCCCAAUCAAGUGAUCUGUCAAAACUUUGUAAUGUUGUAACUAAUGUAGGCGAAACGACUUCUGUUGUGAGAGACAACAGGCAACUGAUUUGCUUGGUGCCAAGGACAGCAAAGGCUGCUUUAUCAUCUAACACCCUGUCUGGACCACUGAAAGUAGCACAGUAGGCCCAUGGUCCAGAGAGACGGGUAAAGGUUCUCAACAGAUCACAAGACAUUCCUUGAGUCAGUAGACUACCGAAUGUAUUUUUGACCUCAAAGCAAAUCAAAGCUUUUUAAUCUUUCAGUGGCUUUAGUGUCUGCUACUUUGAACAGUCUAACUUCAAGUCUAACUUCAAGCUUCAAGUCUUUGUUUUUGUGGAGAGAGCACAUCUAUUACAUGAUUGUUCUCAGUGUAUCCUGCAAAAGAGUUUGCUCACAUCAUAAUAAGUCUAGGACAAUAAUUUAUGAUUUACACAAAGUGGAAAGUGUGCUGUGUUCUGCUUGUCCACAAAAGGGAACAAACAGAGCAGUCAGUGUGACAUGAAUCAACAUAUUAUUUCAGCUGAUUGAAAGGAUGCUUGAAAGUGCAUCUCUCACCCAGUGCUAUGGACACAAUGUUAACAUGUUUAUUUUAUGCCUUUGAACAUUAUAAUAAUUAUUUUAUAUGGAAUUUAAUUUGUUUUCCAGCGCAGAAUAAGAGACUCUUCACCUAUAAGUCAGGCUGUAGGUGUGUACAUUGCUGUUUGGAUAUAGUGAUACAAUUCAUCACAGGGUAGAAAAAACACAGUAGUGAAUUUAAUAGGCAUUAUGUUGAAUGACAGGGAGUAUGUUGGGAGCCCCCAAUCAAGACCCAUUAUGCCCCCCAAAAAACAUCUUUAGAAGGCCUGGGGGUACCAUGUGAAAAUAUAUUUCAUUAUAAUUCAUACAAUAUCAUUCUUUAAGAAGGCUGGGCUGAAAUGAAAGUCAAUAUAAAUAAAAAAUAUAUAUAAUCUUAUAACUCAAAAUAUACCGCCUGAUUCUGGAGUAAUGACACUUGUGGCAUUGUCACUUGUCAUCCUUGCCCUUCUGUGAGGUUUCAUCCAGAUGUUUGUGGUACAGGAGGAGGAAGGAAGGAGAACACAUGAGAUACUUUGAGUAGAUUAUUACUUCCCCAUCCAACCUGCCUCAGUGUGAGAUCACUGCAGAGAAACAAAAAGGUUUUAUGUUGCUGACUCAUUGAACAUCUGCCCGAUUCAACAUAACUAACUUGUCCUUCAAACCUUGUGGUUUCACUAUAAAACAUUUGAUCUCUUUCCGACUUGAAUGUAAAGAUAAAUUAUCUUGUAAUUAAGGUUAUUCAGGGUGGGUUUUUUAUGUUCAGUGAAACAUUUAAAUUUGUUCAUUUUGGAGAUUUAUUUGUAUGUAAACAUUUGUAAUGAGUGUAAACGUAUAAGAUCACUUCUAGUUUGUUUGUUUGCUGUGUUGCACUAAAAAAUUAAACAACAAACAAAAAACAAACAAACAAACAAAAACUAACCGCCAUGUGUACUUGAUAGUGACAUGUACUGUGUAACUGUACCAGCAGUAGUUCUUUUUUCUAUCUCAAUUAAAUGUGAUUUCAAUUUCAAUUUCAACAUCAAAUACAUGAAGGAUAUUCCUUUGAGAUGACUCAUCUCGUUUUCAAGGGGGUCCAACAAUACAUGACACACCCUUUUUGAAAUAAUAACACAAGAUAGAUACAUACACAUAUCUACACAACUAACAUGGUUCCCCAGACCAACCCCCCAUCCCUAUUCCUCACCAACCACUAUUAUGUUUUCAGCAUAUAAGCAUGUAAACAGAUCAGAUAAACAGAGCACAUUUCUACAGGCAUGUGAACUGAGCACAAGAAACGUAAAAACAUAAAUUACAAACUUCUCUCUUAGCAGAAAUAGGCAAGAAUGAUGUUCUCUCAAGGGUCAAACACAAGGUGUGUUCUGUUCUGUUCUGUUUGGAUGUAAUCCGCGUGGGUCCAGCAUGACUACUUGCGGCUGGAGCAGAUGAGAUGAGAUGAGACGAGAUGAAGUUCUGGGGGAGGAUUCUGGGAGAGCGAUGGAGGUCGCAGCCACAUCAGAAUCAAAUUUGGUGCCACUUUGGGGCCUUAGGAACGGAACGGAACUUCCCAUGCUCUCUCCCAUGAUGCUGCAGCUGUACUGUGCUGUACGUCUCCCAGAUCAAAGCCCUCCAUCUUCCAGAGAUAGAAAAUGAUAAUUGCAGCUCAUCAUCCUUCUGGGUUUUUUUUUCUCGGGCCUUAAAUGCUUCCAUUGUAGCGGUGUGGACUGUUGACCUGUGGCAGGGGCGGAUCUAGCCAUUUUGGGGCCCUAGGCGAAAUAUAAGCAUGGGGCCCUUAAAAGUCAUUGUAUAGACAUAAACUUCUGUGU